UUAAGUUUUGUGCCAUACCAUUAAUUGAGUUUAAUGAUUUCUUUCUUUAAUUUAGCAACCGUAAAUAUUGUGAAAAAAAAUGUGUGAAAAAACAUCGACCUCGAUAUUUUUCAUGUGAAAAAAGUGCUAAUAUAAUUGGAUCAUUUGCAUUUUAUGAAUUGGAAAACAUUUUAUAAAUUUUCAACAACAAGUUAACAACAAUGAGCAAUAAUAAUAGGAAUAAACAAGAAUAUCGUAAACUUCAAAAAGAAUUCUUAAAUAUUGAUCAUCAAUGUUUGAAUGAUAUAAUGGAACAUUUUGAAAAUGAUUAUCAAUCAACAAGAAAAAUUCUAAUUGAACUAUAUGGAACAAACAAUAAGAAUAAUGAUUAUGAUAAUGAUGAUAAUGAUUCUGCUUUUUCAUCAUCGAUCGCAUCAUCUAAUGAUACAAUAUAUUUACCGAUAACAACAGAAUUUUUUGAUAAUUUACAUUAUCUAAUGGAAACACGUAAUGAUUUGUUAAAUGAUACAGCAUCGACAACAAUUCGUGAAGAUUUACGUAUGAAAGAUACAAUCUAUUUACCUAUUAAUAUGGAUUUAGCUUAUGAAAUUUAUUGGAAUCUAAUUAAUUAUAUUCAAAAUACCUAUGAUCAUCUUGUUACAACAGCAACAGAUUUCAAUAAUGAUGAUGAAUUAUGUCCAUUGGUUGAUGAUGAUGAUCAUAUAUCGGAAAUAAUGGAAACGGAAAAAGCAAUUCAAGCUAGUCGACAAGAAUAUCUACAAAAUUUAAUUAGAAAACGGCAAGAAUAUCUACAUGAAUGCAAUAAUGAAAAUAAUAACAAUAAUAAUAAUCAAUCAAAAAUCGAACGUCAAGCAUUAUUACAAGAAUGGUUAUUGGAAAAAAAACGUGAUUUUCUCAUCAAACAUUUUCCCGGUGUUGACCUAUUGAAAUUGAAUCGUUUAUUUGAAUUGAACUUCUUCAAUCUAAAUGAAACAAUAAAAGAUAUUGAAGCAUUUUAUGAUUGUAAAUUACCAUUAUAUUACAAUAAAUCCUUAUAUAGUGAAGUGGUAAAAAAACCAAUCAAAAUUGUUGACAACUUGAUGGUGAAAUCGACGCUGACUACGGUGACCGCAAAUAAGAAAAAGAAGAUAAAAAAGAAGAAGAAGAAAAAAAAUAAAGAAUCACCAAUAAAGACAAUAAAUCUUGUUGAUGUUGAUCAAAUCUUCGUUAGUCAUGAUACUGAUGAUAACGAUGAUGAUGAUGAUAAUGGUGAUGGUGAUGAUAAUAUAAAAAUCAAUGAUCAACAGAAAUUUUUUGCAAUUAUUGAUGAAUUUUUAAAACAAAGACAUUGUUAUCGAUUAAAAUUAGAACAUUUACAAAGGAAAAAGAUAAAAUUCAUGAAAAAUGGUCAUAAAAUUAUUCAUCGUUAUCAUGAUGAAAUACGUAAAGUUUAUCAGGAACUAAGACGAUUAAGUGAAGAAAUUAUUGAUGCAUAUCAAAAUUAUGAUUUUAACGAAAAUAUUAUGGAUCUACAUCAAUUGCAUAUGAAUGAAGUUCGUAUUAUUGUACCGACAAUAUUGGCCACUAAACAACAACAAUUAUUAGUUAAUAACAAUAACAAUAAUAAUAAUGAUGAUGGAGAAAAGAAGAAAAUAUCAGCCAACAACAAUGAUAAAUUAGAGUUCAAGAUCAUAACCGGAAUCGGCUCCGGUACUAUACGUCGAUAUCUAACAAAUUUUAUAGUCAAAAAGAAAUUAGAAUAUCGUAUGACUGAUGGUCAAGGAUCAUUCAUCAUAACAUUAUAUGCAAAUAAUCCGAUCAAAUUUGAUUAAUUUUCUUUUCAGAAGCAAAUAUACGGAAUUUCCGUAAAUGGUAACGGCCUGAAUGUG